AUGAAGUAUCUCGAUUAUCCUGAAUUGGAAAGCCUUUCUCGCGCUUUGACGUUUGAAUCGGCUGAAUGCAAAGUCUUUACACGUUUAGAGGCUUAUUCUUGCAAGGCUGUGAAAAGGGAAAGACAACUAUUCAAAUCUCUUGAAUCGCAAUAUUUACAUUCUGCUUCUCUUUCACCGCCAAAACAUUUGGAUGAAACCCUUGCGAGUCCGUUCGGACGUCUUGAUCAAGCCCAAGCACGUAAAACGUUAUUCUUACUCAUUGCAACUUUGAACGGAGCAUUUCCCGAUCACGAUUUCAGCGCUGUGGAUCCUACCGAUUUCAGACGUGAAGCAAAUCCUGAUUUUGUACUCAACAGUCUUGGUACAACACUUUUGAGUUUACGAAGUAACAGCAACGCUCCUCGUUCUUUCAGUUCGUUUCCAAGUUCAUACGAUGAAGAUAAUCGUACUGGCACUCAACCUUCAGCUCGAGGUCGUACGCAUGGCCAUGGCUCUGCAUCAGGAGGCAUCAAUCAUCCACAAUUAGGUGCUGUGUUGGAUGAUAUCAUGUGCAUAUCUGAUUGUGAAGUAUUCACCUUUCAUCCAGAUACCGAUUCCGAUCCACACGCCAGUGCCGAACCAGAUGAAGAAGGCAUCGAAGUGAAUGACGAACGUUAUGCCGACGACGAGAGCUUGAGUGAUGGUAACGAAGGAUAUGGCGAAGGUCAAGAUACACAAAUGUCCACCCCUAGAAGACGCUCUUCCAAUUCUUCCUUCAAUGAAGAUGCCGGGAUGGAUGAUGCACCCAUGUUUGAUGAAGACCUGAUGGGCUUUGGAUUCACUCCUGUUCAGAGUCCAAGUGGUUUAUUGUGGGCCACCUAUGCAUUCUUUUACAACCGUAAAUUGAAGCGUAUCCUUUUCGUUUCCGUUUGGAGUCGUAGAAGC